AUGGCGACUGCUGGAUACACAGAGGUCGAUGUGGAUGUGUACGAUGCAAUCGAAAAACUACAACAGCACAAAGAGCACGCGAUUAUGAACAUGCCCUCAGUCCACUCUUUCAAGGGAUAUUCCCAACAGCCACAAGACCAUCCAGAUGGAAUUCCAGUAUCGCUGUAA